AAAUUGUUGGUUUUGUGGUGUUAAAGUUAUAGAGACAAUUGAUUUCUUUAUAACUAUGCGAAGACCAAAGCAAUACAAAUCAUAGCAGGUCACUUGGACAGACCAGUAUGGAUGGGGAGAGGAAGAAGAGAAAGAUGGAUGAUGCAGAAGCAGAAGAAGAUAAUGAAGAAGAGAAGAUGGAGACGUUCUUUGCUUUAAUCAGAAGUACUCGAGAUAUCAGGGAAAGGAUGGUUAUGAGCAAUGCAGAUAGGUUAAGGUUAGAGGAAGAUCAGAAGAAAAGGGCUAAUCAUGAUCAGAACAAGCCCAGUGCAGUUUGGAACCCCACAUUCCAGCCCGGAGAUUUCAUGGAAGAUCAACCAGCUCAGAAGGAGUUAUGCACUCCUCCUCCUCCUCCGCCUCCUGGUAUGAUUAUAAACCAAGAAGAAGCAGGCCCUUCAAAUUCAAGGAAAGAAGCUGAUGUAGCUCAAGAUCAAGAUGAUCAUAAAGCUGGAGGUGAACACCAUCAUGACUUGGACCUCAAUCUUUCUUUGUAGCACAUUUUGAUUAAAUGGUAAUAGUAGGAAAUAAUUUUGAUUAAUGUGCAGUAGGUACAGUACCUAUGGCAUUAGUUAGAAGUUUUUGAGGUGUAGAACAAAUUUUAAUACUACACUUAGGUUUUCAUAUUAACAUACUUUAGCUCCA